CCCCUUCAGUUGUUCAGCAGUUUCUUGAAGCAUUUCCAGAUCUCCUCUCUUCUCCUUUCAUGGCUUCCGCUUGCCACAGAAUUGCGAGCAGGAUCUCUCAAUCCUCCUUCAGAGCAGCCGUCCGUACACAGUCUCCGGUCAAAUCUCCAUCUUCUCCGUUCCCUCUACCUUCUAAAUCCACUGCACCUUCAGUUCGCCGGUUCUCGCUCGCCAGGUCUCCGUCGGAGCUGGGAUGCGUGCAGUCUCUAUUGCCGUUUCACAACGCGGUUGCUGGAGCGAGAAUGAUUUCGUGUCUGAGCACCAAUUCGAGGAGUUGCCGUGCGCUUUCUCAGGGUACUCUCUGCUGCACCUCUCCCGGCCUCUAACAUGAAAUAUUGUACUUUCUUUUGAAGUAGCUUGGUUUAUCCGUCCCAAGGUGACUUCCUUGGGCUGAUCAUUGCAGUGACAAGGGGAUCUCAGCAAAUGGAUUGGUGGAUUUCUUUUAAGUACUGUGACCAAUACUGCUGAAUUUGUUCGACUAAUUUUGAUUUUUCCAAAUGACAGAAUAGGUUGAAAUAAGAAUAUAGUGAUUCUAGUUCUCAUAGUGACUCAGAGAAUUAUAUUGUUGCCAUUGUUGUGCGUUAUGAAUGUUUGAUCUGUGUCAUACUGAUGGAUAUGUACAUUCCUUAUUUUGUACUAUGAACUUAGAGAUUAUAACCAAGGUUUGUUGGGAAAA